GAAGGAAUCUUAGAAACCUGCUCAUCAGAAGCGAUGAUAAGAGAACUGCCGGUGGCUGUCCAUCUGAUUAGCUUAUAGUUUGCUUACAAGAAACCGUUUCCUCUGGUCAAUUACUGGCUAGUUUACGACCUUGAGUCUAAUAGAAUUUGGCAAAACAAGGUUUUGCUGACAUAGUUCAACAGAUUUAAGCCCCCAAUCUGGCAGCAAGGUUACCAUAGCAGCAUUAUAAUGAAGAGGAAAGGAAUCUGAUAGCAUGGAUCAUACAAGUGUUUGGAUGAAUGCAGAUCAACAAGAGCCGUACAAUACAUACUCCUAAUGGCUGAUAGGCCCACUCUACAGGAAUUGGAGAGUCUCACCCUUCCGGUGCCGGAGGAAGAUGUCGGAACUCCUGGAAACGUAAGUCAAGUUUCCUCCGUGUCUGCUCAUAGUCGCUGCCUACUCGUCAAGGGAAACACGCAGCGAGACAUUUACAUACAGCAGGGCCUCGAGUUCAGUCGGGGUGAGGACACUCGAUUUGGUAUCGGAAGAUGGAGGCCUCAGUGUUUACAAAGAUGCCUCAACAUCAAGGCAUUUGUGGUGUGUAUGAGUGUGCUUCUGGCUGUCUCAGGGACCUUGUCAACAGGAUAUUUGAACAGUGUGCUUACAACAAUCGAAAAACGGUUUGAAAUUGGUAGUUCUAUCUCUGGACUUAUCGCAGCAUCCUAUGAGUUUGGUUCACUGGUGGCGGUUGUGUUUAUCAGUUACUUGGGAGGGCGACGUCACAUUCCAGUAUGGAUCGCAACGGGCAUCUUUUUCAUGGGCCUCGGAGCAUUCCUGUUUACUCUGCCUCAUUUUAUUGCCGAAAAAUAUACUGUGUAUCGAGGUUUAUCCGUCAAUAACACAGAAGAAAACAUAUGUAAAAUUAACAGUGGUUCCUUGGGGGAUGGGUGUAUUGACAAUGACUCAGGGAAUUGGAUGUACGUUUUAAUUCUGAUAUCCGCCCAGAUAAUGAUAGGCACUGGCAGUACCCCAAUCCUUACCCUGGGAACAACUUAUGUUGACAAUCACGUCCAUAAAGAUAAAGCUCCAGCAUAUUUAGCUUUUAUAUAUGCCUCUGGAGUUCUGGGCCCUGUUCUGGGAUAUGGACUGGGGGCGCUGCUGUUGCAGUAUUACGUAGACAUGUUUAGCUUUGAGGUCAACAUCCGACCUGGUGACCCCGAGUGGAUUGGGGCCUGGUGGGGAGGAUUUAUCUUGUGUGGCACAUUCCUUAUGCUUCUUGUGUUCCCUUUCCUGUCAUUUCCCAGGACACUGGUGGCCGAGAAGGCCAAGCUGCUGGAGUAUAAAUAUAGUGAGGAUGUACUGAAGAAAGAGAAGAAGGAAGAUCAGCAGUCCAAGCACAGUAAUGAGUACGGCAAGACAAUUAAAGACAUUCCCCGUUCCAUACUGUCCCUGUUGAAGAACAAGGUGUACCUGAUCACCUGUCUGGGGAUCUGCUGUGAGAUCUCCAUAGUCAGUGGCUUUGUGGUGUUCCUCCCUAAGUACCUAGAAACACAGUUUGGCACCUCCACCUCCAUGGCCAACCUGUUUACUGGUGCUAUUGGCAUUCCUGGAGCGGUUAUUGGUAUUUUAACAGGGGGAUUCCUUCUGAAGAGGUUCCAGUUGAAACCAAAAGGAGCCAUUCAGUUGACCCUGUUGCUGGACUCCCUUGCUUUGCUGGGUUUCCUGUCCUUUCUGGUGCUGGGAUGUGAGAAUCCUAAGAUAGCAGGAGCCACCUUUCCAUAUCAUGCUUCUAUCAACAUGAACAGUUCCGAGUUGGAGGAGUUUGAGAUAGAAGCCAAUCUGACGUCCACUUGUAAUAUUGGCUGUUCCUGCUCCAAUAAUGACCUUGAGCCCAUCUGCGGCAUUAAUGGCAUUACGUAUUUUUCACCUUGUCACGCGGGCUGUACCCAGUUCUUCUCACAUAUCACAACAGAGGAAAAGAUGGUGAAUUUCAGUGGUUGUUCUUGUAUCAUGGAGAACUCGAGUAUUUCCCCCGAGGUGAUCAUGUCCCCUGUGGCGACCAGUGGACCAUGUAAAUCCACCUGUCAGAACCUGCUACCAUUCCUAAUUCUUCUGGUGAUCCUCACCUUUACUGUGGCUGGCACACAGAUGCCCCUCCUUAUGAUUACCCUCAGGUCUGUCCAUGAAGAGGAAAGAUGUUUUGCCCUGGGUCUUCAGUUUGUCAUACUGAGAUUGUUUGCUUACAUCCCUUCUCCUAUAAUGUUUGGGAACACCAUUGAUACAGCGUGUCUAUUAUGGAGGGAUUGGUGUGGAAGUUCUGGGUCCUGUUCUAUCUAUGACAUUGUACAGUUCAGAUAUCGAUAUAUAGGAAUUUCAGCUGGUCUGAAAUUUAUGGGAACUGUGUUUUUCUUUGUGGUGUGGAUCCUGAUGCGUCGACAGAUAAGAAGAGAUUUACAGUUAAAUCUUCCUGUCGGUGAUAUCAUGUCUUCAAUGAAUUCCAUAAACAAGUUAGACCUUGACUACCCUCAGCGCCACGCCCACCCCCGGGGGGGAUCAGGAGACCAGACUAAGGCCAUGGUAGAGGACCACCAAGCACCUAAUGAGUCCUGUCUGUGAUAUUUAUCUAAUCAAAACAUGUAGCCUCACUCCGUAUUGCCAAUCUUUGUCAUUCAAUAACGUGAACAAUAUUACUUGUGUAUCACAUUUUUUUUUUUUGUCAGUAUCAGUUAAAAAUAUCAUUUUUUUUUCUCUGGCCACUGUUUCUCCCAUGUGUCAAAUGAUGUAUGUACAUAUAUAUAUAUAUAUAUUUAUAAUAUAUAUCAUUACGAUUAUGUUCUUGUUCUGUUAUCCUUCUAUCGAUAUAUACAAUGUAAUAUACAAUGUAAUAUAGCUAUUAUAACUCAUGUAAAGAAUUUUCUCCAAGCCGAACGAUGAUGACAGCUUGUUGACUCUUUAUUGCCCGACUGUAUAGGCACAUAGCAAAGAUAUUCAGACUUAUAAUGGUUGUCAGUAACGAAAUAUCGCCCGAAACGGCAUUACUGAAUCGGCUUUAGAAGUGCAAUGUACAUAUCUAUAACAUACUGUCCUAUGUCCUAUGUAUCACAAUGUAAAUUGUUCAAUACUUGUGAAGUUUAUGGUCCUGUGUUUUUAAAUUAUCAAAUAUUUGUGAAAUUCAUGUUUUUUGUGACUUGUAUGGGUUCUCUGUGUUGUUGUUGUUGCUGUGAUAGUUAGAACAAUGUAGCAAACAUGUGUAUCAGGGAAAGGGAAUAGAACAAAUUAAGGAUAUGUGGUCUAUAAUGUAAUGUAUACAUGUAUUUUGAAAACUUUGCAGUCAAGUGUAUUUUUCUUAACCUUUGUCUAAAUUGAAAAAAGUUUAAGUUCUCUUGAGAAAAGGGAAAGUAACAGGUUAAUU